AUGCUUCGGCGCGCACAGCGCUUGGCGCUUUCGUGCGCACUAUCAACUCGCCGAAGCACGCACGCAUUGAACAUAUCAGACUCCGCCGCUCUGAAUCGCUCACAGUCCGACCAACGGUUGGUGCAGCCCGCUGAGAUUGUCAGGGAAACAGUGCACCCGAGCAAAGCCGAAGAUGCACUGAAAAAUAGUAGCGUCGACCCAGAGGAUGUGAAUGUGAUGAGCAAGAGGGAUAUCGAGUGCAUUGAGUUGCGCAAGCUCCAGUACAUGCACUCGCAGGACGGACCAUUUAUCGGUUCGCGGACGAAAGACAGUACACCGGAUCAAGUAAGCUUCCGAAAACGUAGACACAUCGUUCGAGUUCCUCAACCGGAGUUGGAGUACCGUCCAAACGAAACAUCAUUUAGGCGCCUCCCAAAAAACUACAUCCUCCCCAAUGAGUUCGAGCUUCGCGUACUUUAUCCGAUGUCGACAAGCCUAAAGAUCAUCGAAGGAAAAGCAGACUGCGUCGAUCACAGUGCAUUCGACAUUGACGAAGAUCCAUCGCCCAUCGCAUACAGUAUGAUAGCGCCGCCAGAUUGGAAGCCGGAUAUGGAGUACCCAUAUAUGGUUGUGCUCCCCGAUCACCGCGGCAUUCCGCGUGACUUUGAGGAUGUGUGCGCCAACUUUUUCGAGCGUCCCUCUCAUUACGAGUUGAUGGCUCAGCAAAGGUGGGUCAUUCUCUCCCCCGUUGUGAACCUUCGACAUAAUAUGCAUGUUCCUGUGGAGGGGGUGGUGGCGAGAUUUUGCGACUGGGUGAAGGACAACUUCCGCGUCGAGAAUGGGAGGGUGCAUCUUUUCGGCAAAGGCAACGGUGGCUAUGUUGCACUGCGAACCGUGCUGGAGCACAAAGACGUAGCCCUUAGUGUCACUGCCAUCCUAGGCCGCAGCGGCUCGCCUUUUAGGCCAUUCGAUCGAGCACAAGAUAAGGUGAAGAACUACAAUGGUGUUCACAGUCUUGUGUAUGUGCCUGGGCUGCUGAGGAAGCAAGACUGGUACUACAAGUUCAAGUUCAUGCUGGACAUGGCACGGGUGCGCCCACCUCUUAGGAAUAUUCAUUUUGCUGAUGUACGGGAUCAUCAAGUGUACUAUGCCAUUAAUCCACAGGAGUUUUGGAACCACAUGCAGUAUUUUCGUAAGUACAACAUGCGGAUGAUUACAGAGAGUGGCUAUUCCAUUUAG